GGCGUGUUUGGAGGUGGGGUGUUUUUAGGGGGGGUGCAGCGGAAUUGCCCGACAGCGGAGACGGGGGGAACGUUCAUCCAGCUCCGCACAGUGUAGCAGCUUGGGGGUUUUAGUGCAAGGGCCGACAGCUCUGUCGCAUCCAGCAUCCGAAGCCAUAGUGUGUUACAGUAUAUAGCCCAGGGGUCGUUCCUCAUGAAGGCCCUGAGUCGUCAGUAAGGAGCCUGCAUUGUGUUCUGUGUACCUUGUUUAAAACAAGAAAAUAGGUUAAUCAAUUUUAGAAAGAUUUCUUGUUGAUUAUUUUUAAAACUUUCUCCCUCCGAUGCUUGGAGUCAAUUCCUCGUUCAUCUUUAAUGACUAACAGUCUUUACAUUUAAAUUUAAGUAUCCCUAAGUAUUGCUGUUAAAAAGAAAGGAGAAAUUUGGGGCAUUGGUUUACUUGAAAAGGUUAUAACCCUUGCCCUCGAGAAAUUUAUAGUGUUUAUAGCAGGGGGCAUUAGGUGUGUAACAAAAGAGUCAAGUUACUGAGGGAGUUUCUGGGAGAAGAGAUCUUUGAAGGGACCGUUUUAUAUGUCCCCAAAGCGAAUGGGGAUGGGAGAGCAGAUUCUUGAGCCAUCCUUGAGCAAGGCCUGACAGGUGGUAGUGGCACGCUAGAAGGAAGAAGAAGAGGUUUCAGGUUUGCAAGACCUGGUGGCUGGUAGCACACCAAACCGAACAGGGACCAUGUGAGGACAAGCAGAUAUGGGGGUCGGCACUAGGGGGUGUGGGUCAUACCUACCGUCCUGGACACGUGGCAUACCCUGUGAUGGGCGUCUUCCUUGGGCACCUGAGAGGCUGGAUGGAGUUCCAAGGAGAAGUCCAAGCAGAGACACAGAUUUCAAAGUGAUUACCCAGUGGUAAAUUAACGCCACAAGAACUUACGCACAAAGCAGAGAAAGCUGCCACGUGCUGAGCUCUGUAGCAGAUGGCUGGAGCAAUGAAGGAAACAACAUGAGAUAGAAACAAUUCAGGAAGAGCUGGGGAAGAUACUUGUGUGCGGGGCUCCGAGUGAUAACCCAAGCAAUGGAGGGAUUACAGCAUUACAUCAACCCAGCACACGCCAUUUCUCUCCUGAGCGCUCUCAACGAGGAGCGCCUCAAAGGGCAGUUGUGCGACGUGCUUCUGAUUGUUGGAGACCAGAAAUUCCGAGCUCAUAAAAAUGUCUUGGCUGCUAGCAGUGAAUACUUUCAUAGUUUAUUCACAAAUAAGGAGAAUGAGUCACAAACGGUAUUCCAGCUUGACUUCUGUGAACCGGAUGCUUUUGAUAACGUUUUGAACUACAUUUACUCCUCGUCUUUGUUUGUCGAGAAAGGCAGCCUUGCUGCUGUGCAGGAACUAGGCUACAGCCUCGGCAUCUCCUUUCUGACUAACAUCGUUUCUAAAACACCUCAAGCCCCCUUUCCAAUGUGUCCCAACAGGAAAAAAGUAUUCAUGGAGCACGAUGAAAACAGUUCUCAAAAGAGAAGCGUCAUUGUCUGUCAAAGCAGGAACGAAGCACAAGGAAAAGCUGUCAGUCAGAGUCCGCCUGAUCUAAGCCAUACCUCUCGGCCUCCCCCAGGCACUGCAGUCAAGGCCAACACCAGUAAGCCCCAUGUUCCCAAGCCCAUCGAACCCCUUCACAACUUGUCACUGACUGAGAAGAGUUGGCCAAAAGACGGCUCAGUGGGAUAUGCAAAGCCUCUCGAACGUUCCGGAUCUCUGGACGACACCAACAGAAGCAGUCUGGUGAAAAGGAACGCAGUCCUGCCUUCCACGCCGCUACAAGACAGGCAGGCAGUGGACGAUAAACCGGGUGGGAGCGGUCAGCUUCCCAAAGGAAAGGCUAUAGAGCUGGCUCUGAAAAGGCCACGGCCGCCUGUUUUGUCUCUCCGAAGCUCGUCGGAGACUCCUUAUCUGUUGAAAGAAACUAACAGAGGAAGUGGCCCAGGCGAGGACAGAAACUUGUUGUACUAUUCAAAGCUAGGCUUGGUGAUCCCGUCCAGUGGGUCUGCUCCUGCAAACCAGAGCAUCGACAGGAGCGGCCCGCUCGUUAAGAGCCUCCUGCGACGGUCACUGUCGAUGGAUAGCCAGGUUCCUGUCUACUCGCCCUCCAUAGAUUUGAAGCCUCCCCAGGGCUCGUCCGCGGCACCCAGCGACGCACCCGGGAGUGUCUUCUGUGCUGUGUCUCAAAAAUCAUCUUUAAAAGAGGGCGGUGAAAAACCAGCUCUGGACGACGGGGCUCCCCAGCCGCACCGUCUCAGGUCCUUCAGUGCUUCUCAGACCACGGAGAGGGAGGGCGCCCCCGCCGGCUCCGAGGUGCGAAUCAAGACGGAGCCCUGCAGCCCACUGGCGGACCCCUCUGACAUCAUUCGGGUCACCGUGGGAGAUGCCGCCGCGGUGGCGUCUGGCACGAGAGACCAGUCUCUGAAAACGGAAGAUGACCAAAAAGACAUGAGCAGACUCCCAGCCAAAAGGAGGUUCCAAGCGGACCGCAGGCUGCCGCUGAAGAAGUUAAAGGUGGAUGAGCAUGGCACUCUGGUGUCAGAAGAUAAUCUUGAGGAAGGCUCAAGCCCCACUCUCAAUGCAGAUUUUCCAGAUUCUGACUUGAAUAAAGAUGAAUUUGGUGAGUUGGAGGGAACAAGACCAAACAAAAAAUUUAAAUGCAAACAUUGCCUUAAGAUCUUUAGAUCAACAGCAGGUCUUCACCGGCACAUUAACAUGUACCACAACCCAGAAAAGCCCUACGCCUGUGACAUCUGUCACAAGCGGUUUCACACAAACUUCAAGGUGUGGACCCACUGUCAGACCCAGCACGGCAUAGUGAAGAACCCGUCACCAGCCUCUAGUUCACAUGCCGUUCUGGAUGAAAAAUUCCAAAGAAAGUUGAUUGACAUAGUGAGAGAGAGAGAGAUUAAGAAGGCCCUGAUCAUUAAGUUGAGGCGCAGCAAGCCUGGUUUUCAGGGGCAGAGUAGUUCCCCAGCUCAAGUCAUCAAGAGGAACUUGAGGUCGCGAGCCAAAGGCGCGUACAUUUGCACUUACUGUGGAAAGGCCUAUCGCUUUCUCUCUCAGUUCAAACAGCACAUAAAGAUGCACCCAGGAGAGAAGCCCCUUGGAGGACACAAGGUCGCUAAGCCGAAAGCGCUCGCUCUUGACGGUGCGGUAGAGAACAAGGAGGUUUUCCAGUGCCGCCUCUGUAACGCUAAGCUCUCUUCUCUCCUAGAGCAAGGCAGCCACGAGCGACUGUGCCGAAACGCCACCGUGUGCCCCUACUGCAGCCUUAGGUUCUUUUCGCCCGAGCUCAAGCACGAGCACGAGAGCAAGUGUGAGUACAAAAAGCUGACGUGCCUGGAGUGCAUGCGCACGUUCAAGUCCUCCUUCAGCAUUUGGCGGCACCAAGUGGAAGUCCACAAUCAGAACACCAUGUCUCUCGCUGAAAACUUCUCUUUACCCAUCCUGGACCACAACGGUGAGGUCACCGGCUCUUCCAGGCCCCAGGCCCAGCCCGAGCCUCAGAAAGCAAACCACGUGGUCACUCCAAAAGAUGACAACACAUUCAGUGACUGUUCAGAGCAGGUCAACUUCGAUUCAGAAGAUUCCUCCUGUCUCCCAGAAGACCUUAGCCUUUCAAAGCCACUGAAGAUCCAAGUCAAAGAGGAGCCUUUGGAGGAAGCUGAGGAGGCGGUGCCCGAGGCCAGCACAGCUCCCAAAGAGGCAGCUUCGAGCAAGGACUCUGGCCUGUGGUCCUGCGAAAAGUGCGGCAAGACGUUCACAGCGCACAAGCAGCUGGAGCGGCACCAGGAGCUGUUGUGUUCCGUGAAACCGUUCAUCUGCCAUGUUUGCAACAAAGCUUUUCGCACCAAUUUCCGGCUCUGGAGUCACUUCCAGUCCCAUAUGUCUCAGGCUACAGAGAACUCAGCACACAAAGAAUCCGAAGUGGGCCCUGUUCCCACAAACUCUCCGUCGCCACCACCGCUGCCCCCGCCCCCGCCGCUGCCCAAGAUCCAGCCCCUAGAGCCUGACAGCCCCACGGGUCUGUCUGAAAACGCGGCUCCCGCCACGGAGAAACUGUUCGUGCCCCAAGAAUCAGACACACUUUUCUACCACGCCCCGCCCCUUUCAGCGAUUACAUUUAAAAGACAGUUUAUGUGUAAACUUUGCCAUAGGACAUUCAAGACUGCGUUCAGUCUUUGGAGCCAUGAACAAACCCACAAUUAAAAGACCUACCCUUUCAAAAUGGGGGUGGUCUCCACCUUGCAGCCUACAUGGUGAAAUGUGUCAUAUAAGAAGCAAAAUAUUUUUUACAAAAGAAUAAUAAAGGUUGGAAAUUGUUAUGUUGGAAUAUAAGUUUGAGGUAAACUGAUGUUAAUUAGUAAUGUCUUUACCCAAAACUUUACUCCUCUACUUAGGAAAGCUGUAAAAAAUACAGUGCUUCUGACCUUACAGUCACAGGACAUUUUUACUUCAUUAAUGUUGAAAUUUGAUUGCUUUUGGUUGUUUGCAUGUUUCGUCAUUCCACAGUGUCAGUAUAAUCUUUUACUUGAGGUGGUUUUGUGUUUUAUUCCGCUGAUUUGCAGUUAGUAAAAUACUAUUAAAAGAUUUCUGUUUUGAUUAUAUCAGACACCUAAGUUUUAGUUAAAUCUUAGCCAUGCUCUUAAGUCCAAAACUUACCAGGAACAAGUGGAGUAGUUUGCAGCAUUAAUUUAGGACUUUAGAAUACUCGAGCAAUAAAAAAAAUGAUAAACCUCAACUUUAAUAAGUUAUCCUGACACUUGAUAAAAAAUAUUUGGCAUUUUGUGGUCACGUAGAACUUUUUUGUAUGAAAAUUGUGAGAAAUUUAAAUCAGCAAUAGUAAUACUUAGAUUUCUCUAAAAUAAAAACUUGCUCUUGGGUCAUUUAAUAUAAUUAUUGAUAGAAGAUGGGAAAUGAAAAUAAAAAGAUUUUUGGAAGGCCCCUAGAGUGCAUUCAUGGAAGCUGCAGCAGCGACCGGCAUUGUAUCCCAAACGCCGCAUCGUGCGGUGUGCGCAUCACCGGUCCAAGUUCCGCCCGGCGUCGGAAGGACUGAGUGUUGGGUUUCCUCUGGUUUACGCUGCCACACAUUGAGAACUGGGUGCAUCUGGAAGAAAGGUAACAUGGCACUAUUUUGAAAUUAACAACAUUAGCAUAACAAAUAAGGUCAGGACCUACAUUCACAGAGUCAGUGUAGCAGCCCUGAAUCCCGAGUCACCAUUCACUUCUGGAGACUUGAAGCAGAGGGAGGAAUGCCAUACUGCAGUCUCACGUGCUUCUCAAAACCAAUAUUUACAAUAUACAGUUUCCUACCUCUUUGUCCUGUGAAAAGUUCUGUUAGGAUUUGUUGGAGGUUGUGGUAAAACAUCCGUAGCCAUCCUGCUUUCGGUCCCCACUCAAGUGUUUCAUAAAUAGGUGUGAAAGCCGGCACGGUCAAGGGUCCAAGGUCAGUUUUUCUUCUUUCGGCCCAUAGGGUUUGGGCUUCUUUUCCUACUUUGUAUUUGAAAUUAAAUUGCAAUGGAAAGCCUUUCAGUGGGUGUUAUCCAAAGUUCAAGGAGCUGGUUCAAAAGGUAAAAUUUUUUAUUUCACUUGGGUGGGGUAGAUAUACAAAAGGAGAAAAAUUGAAAUUACAAAUGCCUUUUAAGGUAGUGAUACGGAUUAAGACUCCCAAGUUUACUUUUUUUUUUUACAAACUACUCUCUCUAAAAAAUCUACUGUGACUCAGAAAUCGUUGCCUGAGCACUUAACCCCGCGCUCCGGCAGCGCAGGGCUGUCUGUCCUCGUCGGUCUCAGUGCCCACAUUCCGCACCAGUGCUGCGAAAGACGUGCUUAUUUCUUACUUGAAAUCCAAGUGUUUUUAUAAAAUACUAACUGACUUUAUACAUUAUAGAAAUUACAUGGGAAAUUUCCCCUCGUAUUCGUUCAUUUGAAAACUUAGAAGUCCCCAAAUAUGUGUGGUUACUUCCCAUUUCUGUUCUUACCUACAUGUGAUGGAGAAAAUAAAGUCAAAUUAAGUUACAGUGAAUGAUUAUCACCAUCUUUAUAUUUUCUUGAAGAAAUCUGCAUUCCAAAGGCAAAACUAAAGCAUAUGAUUUUAUGUCAGACAUUAGGAUGGAUUGUUGUCCAUUGAGUUCAUCCCCUGUAUGAUUGGGUAUUUCUUACCCUGACACCUGGUGGCUACCACUACAGAAGCUUCCCUCAGAGUAAUCAUUACUUACAGCUGUUCAAGUAUCCCUACUAAUUCCAUGGUAGACAGUCUCUUGGCAUUGUAAAUUUAGUAUCCCAGGACUUGAACCUUUAUUCUACUUUUUUGAGGUUUUUUAAUAAAGUGAAUUAGUAACAAAUAUUUUUGAUCUAACUAUAGGCUCUGCAAACCUGUUAGGUUUUACAAAUUGCCAGUGGUUUGUCUCGUUAGUUCACAUUUUUGUCGAAGCAAGGAAGGUAAGAUUUCAAAUAAAAUUUUGAACCAAAAACAUUUAUAACGCAGUUCUGGUUUUUCUAUUACUUUUUAUACUGUACCUUAAAAGCAUUAGGCUGAGAGUUUAUUUUGGUGGUCAGAAAAUAAAAUAUGCUUCCAUUCAUGUAACUAUUUUAAAUGUUAAGAAGUAAAGUAAUGAAAGACGAGUUACUUGCUUUAUUCAGCAAACAGGUUUUUGAAAACUUGAUCUCAGACAAAUACUUGGUGUAGGACAACUUGGUCUUUCAUUGCAGCUCUUUAGCUGGCAAAUAUAUUCUUGAAAAAGUUUUUUCCAAUUGUAAUUUUUGAAAAUGUAGAAAAUUCAUUAUUCCUUGUAAGUAUUCAGGAUGCCUGCUUUUUUAUGCAGUUGUGGAAAGAAUGUAAGAUGUUUUAAUAUAUUCUUUGUUAAUCUGAGAACUUGUUAUUGAAUCAUUUUCUUCACGUUGGGGAGGGAGGGAGGAACACCAUAAAACACAUGUCAUUAUCAAGGUAAGCAAUGGAGGUAACAAGUAGUGCACAUUUUUUAUAGUAGUAUCUUCAAGGGUUACAGAAUACUUACCUUUAAAACUGGUAGGAUUAGUAUGCAUUUAUAGUUUUACCAAAAUACACAACUAACACUUCAACAGUGAGGUCGUGUGCGUUUGUGGGAAGAUUCUGCGCUGUUACGGGUCGUAAUAGCCUUCUCUUUAAAAAUUGGCCCCCGCACUUGACUGGUGAUGCUGUGAUCCACACGCAGCACCCACUGGUGCUGAGAACGGAAGCGGGAAUACAGCCUGCCCUCCCUCUCACGGAGGCAAGGGGCGUUUUCAUCUACAGGCCGACAGGACGGGGUGCGCGAGAGACAGGAAACUCAUCCGACGUCGGCCUUUGUUCCCUCAAAUGUGUGUGUGUACAUGUGUGCCACUGUAAUCUGGAACGCUAGGAAAUACAAUUAUUUGAAUUUUCUUACUACAAAAUAACUAGAUGUCAUUCAUAACAAGUUUCUCUAUAAAUUGCACUAAUACCAGAAUAUUACAAGUCAGUUUCAUCGGUUUCUGAUAUCCCAAAUGUUUUUGCAAUAAUUGUGAAAAACAUUGUUUUAAAUAAUAGACAUUCUUUAAUAAGCUCUUUAACACUGGUCUUUUUUAAGUUUUAAAGAUAGGUUUUUCUCUUGUGGCUUUAGCACUUUAAGAAAUUUGAGGUUUGCCUACUUUUUAGUACGUUCAGUGUUUCUCAGUGUCCCUGGCUGUGGCACUGCCACUCGACCAGGAGGAAGCUGAACAGUGAGUUAAUGUCAGGCUUUUGAAAAAUGCCUUUUAGAGACAGUCAUUUGGGAACCAAAGUAUUUUACUGUAAAUCUGUAAAAUAAUUGAAUUCAGUGCUUUUGGUCAUUUCUUAGUGCUGUCCAGAUUUUCCACAGUCACACUUGGUUGAUACUGAUUUCCAAAAAGGGAUAAUUUCUUAAUUGAGAUUAAUUCAAGACUGUUUCAAAACUUUCGUUAAAUAAAUGUUUUAUUGAUAAAAGGGAAAAACGUGGUUUUAUAAUUGUGUAUAUUUUGUUGUUAUACCUUUAGCAGAAUAAAUCAUUUGGUUUUAUUUAGAAAUAAGCUUUUUUGGACUGAAAACUCAUAGUCAAAUAGGAUUUCUUGUGGAAUGUUAAUCCAUUGCUUAUUUGUAUCCAAUUCUGUUGUCUGUUUCCUUUGCUUAAAUCUUGACUAAAAAUGAUGGGAGUCAAUAAAUUUGUACUGUAUUUUGU